AUGGUUGCAGCUUCUGAUUGUCCCAAUGACUUCAAAUUGAAAAGGGAUCGAAUUGCAGAAAUGCUUUUCACAUGUAAAGUGACAAAGUGUUUUGGUUGUGACAAAAUUGAAUUAUCAGUUCCAAAUGAUGAUGAUGAUGUUGAGAAAAUCGAUGAAAAGUGUAAAAGUGGGAUAGAGGCUGGAGGGAGUAAAGAUACUAAAGAAAGCAAGGUGAAUAGCAGUAGAAAUGAUGAUAAUAGGGAGAUGAUGGAGAUGAAUUUGAAUCAGGUUAGCAAUUACAGUUUUGGAGAAGCUGAGGCAUUGACAGAUGAAAUUGAGGAGGAGUCUCAAUUGUUUGAAGAAGUCUCAAGAAUCAAAGAAAUUCUUGACAAUAGCGAGGACGAGUCUGAUUCAUUGUUAUUUAACUCACUGAGGAGGCUUCAACUGAUGCCUUUGUCCGUGGAGACUCUGAAGGCUACUGAGAUUGGAAAAUCUGUCAAUGCUCUGCGGAAGCAUGGAUCAAAGGAUAUACGGAAUCUUGUACGGAUAUUAAUCGAAGAUUGGAAGGUCAUGGUUGAUGAAUGGGCUGCUGCUACUGCCGCUAUUGCAGCUGCAGAGGUUGCAACGGAAUCCGUGAAAACUUCUGUUGUUGAAGAAGAGGAAGGGCUUCCUUCUCCACCUAUGGAUGAAGGAGCGUUCUUUGCUACUCCUGCAUCAAUGGAGCUGUCACAGUUCUUUGACGGCAUGGAUGAUGAUGGAAAUCCUCGAAACAGCGGGGAAUUCAACAAGAACCGUGAAAAUGGCAGAAAGCCGAGAACGGAGAAACCUAAUAUCCCGAAAAUGAAGCACCAGGUUACGUGUGAUUCUAGCACUCCAUCUGAGGACAGGAAGGCUGAACAAAAGAAGAAUCCGGAAGCUGUAAUGAAGAAACAAGCAUCUCUAAUUAAACCAAAUAAGUCUCUGACUGGUGAAUCGGGGCCGGGGAGACCAAAAUCUAAUGUGGAACGGAGGGUUAAUAACGAGAUUAAGGUCCAACGAAAACCUGACAACAGCGCUGUUCAGAGACGAUCAUUGCCUCCUCAACAAGAUAAACCGAGGUGUGGUAACGAUGAAUCUUCAGUUCGAGCAAAAUUAGAAGCGGCAAAGAGGAAACUUCAAGAACGAUAUCAAGAAGCCGAGAAUGCCAAGAAGCAGCGGACGAUACAGGUUGUUGGGUUGCAUGAUCUCCCAAAGCAAAAUCUUGCUCGGAAAAAUCAGCAAACGAGGCCUGGCAACAACAACAACCGGCAUUGGGCAAAUGGACGUCGCUAG